UCUCUGCUGGAGGAAGGAAGCAAAACUUCGUUGUUAUUGUAGCGCGCAGCAGGAAGCAGAGCGCAGAGGUGCCUCCUCCGUCUCCGCACCUGGGACUCCCGGGGCGCAGCAGCAGCCAAGAGCCGGAAAAAACCAAGAUACAUGACUUGCUAGAAGAAGAGAAGAUGUUAUGUUGGGGAUAUUGGUCUUUGGGACACCCUGGGGAAGGUAACGUGCUGCAAGCGAUAAUCACCGAGCCCCGGAGCAGCGGGUUCAUUCAUGAGAAGAGUGUCAAGGAAGUGGCUUGUGGCGAGAACCAUUCUAUCUUCCUGCUGGAGGAUGGCGAAGUGUAUACAUGUGGCUUGAACAGGAAAGGGCAACUCGGCCACGAGAGGGAAGGAAGCAAGCCAGAGCAAAUUGACGCAUUAGCUGAUCAGCGCAUAGUCCACGUUGCCUGUGGGGAAUCUCACAGCGUGGCCCUCAGUGACCAAGGCCAACUCUUUUCCUGGGGGGCAGGUAGCGAUGGACAGCUAGGCCUCACAACGGCAGAAGACUCGGUGGCUGUACCAAGGUUGAUAAAAAAACUGAACCAAGAGAUGAUACUUCAGGUCUCCUGUGGCAAUUGGCAUUGUCUUGCUCUUGCAGCUGAUGGACAGUUCUUCUCCUGGGGACAGAACAACCACGGGCAACUUGGGCUGGGCAAAGAGUUCCCCUCCCAAACCAGUCCUCAGCGCAUCAGAUCGCUUGAAGGGAUCCCUUUGGCCCAGGUGGAUGCAGGAGGGGCGCAUAGCUUUGCCUUGUCUCUCUCUGGAGCCGUGUUUGGUUGGGGGAAGAACGCCUCAGGACAACUGGGGCUGAGUGACGAGAGAGACCGGGAGUCUCCCUGCCACGUGAAGCUCUUGAGGACUCAAAAGGUUGUCUAUAUCAGCUGUGGGAAUGACCACACAGCAGUCCUGACAAAGAGUGGAGGGGUGUUUACUUUCGGCUCGGGCUCCUGUGGGCAGCUUGGCCACGAUUCCUUGAACGAUGAAGUCAACCCCAGAAGGGUCCUGGAGCUGAUGGGCAGUGAGGUGUCCCAAAUCGCUUGUGGUAGGCAGCACACUCUCGCCUUUGUGCCUUCUUCAGGAAUUAUCUAUGCAUUCGGCUGCGGAACCAGAGGCCAGCUGGGAACUGGGCACACCUGCAGUCUUAAAUGUCCUUCCCCAGUCAAAGGCCCCUGGGCAGCUCACAAUGAACAAAUCUCUGGUAGAUCAGAUGCUUGUAAAUAUUACAUUGUUAAACAUAUCUUCUCUGGAGGAGACCAGACGUUCGUGCUUUGCUCUGAAACAGAGAAUUCUCAGCCAGCGGAUGAUUUCCGGGCCAUAAAUCAAAGCGACUACACCUGUUUGAUUAAUGACGAUACAAUAGACAUGUGGAGACAAAAGCUUUCGGAAAAGAAUAAUCCUAAUUCAGUGAACAGUGAGGUUGUGCAGAUCCUGUCCUCGGCUGCCUGCUGGAAUGGGAGCUUCUUAGAAAAGAAAAUAGAUGAACAUUUUAAAACGAGUCCCAAAAUUCCAGGGGUCGACUUGAAUUCCACCAGACUGAUGUUUGAUAAGCUGAUGACGUCCCAGCAUUCCAUCUUGCUUGACCAGAUCCUGAAGAGCUUCGAAAGCUUUUUGAUUCCAGGGCUGCCCAGUUCCCCACCGGACGUUGAAGCCAUGAGAAUCUACCUGAUUCUCCCAGAGUUCCCGCCGUUUCAAGACUCAAAGUACUAUGUCACCUUAACGCUUCCCUUGGCGAUGGCGAUUCUGCGUCUGGACAGGAACCCCAGUAAAGUCUUAGAUAACUGGUGGUCUCAGGUAUGUCCAGGGUACUUCUUGAGGCUGGUGGAUCUCUAUAAAGGUGCCGUGGUUUACCUCUUGAACGGAAGAAAAACAUUAUUGAUCCCUGUCUUGUAUGGCAGUUACAUCACAGCCGCACUCAAACUUCUGGAGAAACUUCAUAAAGUAAAUCAGAAAGUAAAACACGUAGAAUAUGACAAGUUUUAUAUCCCAGAGAUUUCCAGUCUGGUGGAUAUCCAAGAAGACUACCUGAUGUGGUUUUUGCAUCAAGCUGGAAUGAAAGUCAGACCAUCAAUUAUGCAGGAUGCCGUGACUCUGUGCUCUUACCCUUUCAUCUUCGACGCGCAAGCCAAGACCAAGAUGCUGCAGACGGAUGCUGAGCUGCAGAUGCAGGUGGCCAUCAGUGGGGCGAAUCUGCAGAACGUUUUCAUGCUCCUCACCCUGGAGCCCCUCUUGGCUCGAAGCCCCUUCCUGGUCCUCCAUGUUCGUAGGACCAACUUGGUUGGCGACGCCUUGAGGGAGUUGAGCAUCCAUUCGGAUAUUGACUUGAAAAAGCCUCUGAAGGUGAUCUUUGACGGCGAGGAGGCGGUUGAUGCUGGCGGCGUCACAAAGGAGUUCUUCCUCCUGCUGCUGAAAGAGCUCCUGAAUCCCAUCUAUGGGAUGUUCACCUCCUACCCCGAAUCGAACCUGCUGUGGUUUUCGGAUACCUGUUUUGUAGAGCACAAUUGGUUCCACCUGAUUGGCAUCGUUUGCGGUCUGGCCAUAUACAACUUCACUGUUGUGGAUCUUCACUUUCCAUUGGCUCUCUACAAGAAACUCUUGAAUGUGAAGCCGUGCUUGGAAGACUUGAAGGAGCUUUCGCCCACAGAAGGAAGGAGUCUUCAACAGCUCUUAGAUUACCCUGGGGAUGAUGUUGAAGAGACAUUCUGCCUAUAUUUCACGAUGUGCAGAGAAAGCUAUGGAGUGGCGGAGCAGAAGAACCUCAUCCCUGACGGAGACAAAAUUGCAGUGCAGAAAGAUAACAGGGAGGAAUUCGUCGACGCGUACGUUAAUUAUGUCUUUAACCUUUCGGUAGACGAGUGGUACAUGGCUUUCUCCACGGGCUUCCUGAAGGUGUGUGGGGGUAAAGUUCUAGAAAUGUUCCAGCCCACUGAGCUGAGAGCCAUGAUCGUAGGGAGCAGCAACUACAACUGGAAGGAACUGGAAGAGAGCGCAGUUUACAAAGGGGACUACUCGGCUACCCAUCCAACUGUGCAAAUGUUCUGGGAGAUCUUUCACGAGUUUCCUCUGGAAAAGAAGAAAAAGUUUCUCUUGUUUCUGACCGGCAGCGACCGCAUCCCCAUCUACGGCAUGUCGAGUUUGCGCAUUGUGAUCCAGUCCACCUCCAGCGGGGAGCAGUACUUGCCGGUGGCGCACACCUGCUACAACCUCCUCGACCUCCCCAAGUAUAGCAGCAAAGAAAUCCUGAGCACGAGACUCACUCAAGCCAUCGACCACUACGAGGGCUUCAGCUUGGCCUGAGGGGAAGCCGCCCCCAACACAGACAAUUCUUGUACAGAAAGGAAAUACUGUCUUGUUUUUAUUUUUGUAAGGGAAAUGGGAUAAAGAUACUCCUUGAGAUAGGGAGGGUGGGUGCGGGGAGGAGAGAAGGGAAGAGCAUAGGAUCAAGGACCCCCCCCCCGUGAAGUCUGGUCAACGUUCCUCAGGAUUUUGACUUUACUACUUUUCAAAAACAAAAAUCUGUUGACACGUCGUCUUUCGUUUUACUGGCUGUUAGAUGCCUUUUUCUUCCCUUCCUUGCCCGCCCUCUGUUUAAAAAUACCUUCAAUAUUUUGAGAUGUCUCUUCACAGUUUGGAAAUAUAAAGCUGUGUGAAAGCUU